UCACGCAGCUGCUGUGUGUGUCCUGACAGAGACUCGGCUCGGCUCCACUCACUCGCUCACUGCUCCUGCUGUAGAAUAUCAUCAGGAUGGAGAGCUGUUCACAACCUACAAAUGGAGACAGCAAGGCUGAUGUGACCAAUGACCUCACUGAGGAUCUGAGUCAGCAGCUGGAGGACAUUAUCAACACCUAUCAGGUGAGCGAACAGCCAGGUGAGCCUGAGGAUGUUGAGGAAGAGGCUGUUCCAGGCAAGGCCAAAGAGCAGAAAAUGGAGAAGAAGAUGCUUAAAGGUCUCGGGAAGGAAGCCAUGCUGCUCAUGCAAAGUCUGAAUAAACUGGGAACGCCUGAGCAGAAACUAGAAGCUCUCAUCAAAAAACAUGCAGAACUGCUGGAAGAGCACCGUUCAGACCAGAAACAGCUGAAGGUCCUGCAGAAGAAACUUCUCCAGGUGCUGAAGGAGAAGGAUCAGCUCCAGAGUGAACACAGCCGAGCUGUUCUGGCCCGCAGUAAACUAGAAGGCCUGUGCAGGGAGCUGCAAAGACACAACAAGACGUUAAAGGAGGAAACCCUACAGAGGUGUCGUGAAGAUGAUCUCAAGAGGAAGGAAAUCACCACGCAUUUCCAGAACACGCUGACGGACAUCCAGGCCCAGAUCGAGGAGCACAGCAGCCGCAACAACAAACUGUGCCAGGAGAACAGCGAGCUGGCUGAGAAACUCAAGGACCUCAUAUCAAAAUGUGACCAGCGAGAGGCGAAUCUUGAAAAAGUGUUCAAGCACCGAGACCUGCAUCAGAAAUUAAUGGAGACAAAACUCGCAAAGGCCAACGUAAUGCUCAAAGAGGCGGAGGAGAAACACAAACUGGAGAAGGAGCUUUUUCUGAAGCAGACUGCAGAGGCCAAAAUACAGGUUAAACUUCUGAAAGUACAAGAGACUGAUAUGAAAGCCCAGCUUGCUGUAUAUUCUGAGAAGUUUGAUGAAUUCCAAGGAACGGUAUCUAAGAGCAGUGGUGUGUAUGCCAGCUUCAAACAAGACAUGGACAAGAUGGCAAAGAAGAUGAAAAAGUUGGAGAAGGAGGCAAUUGGCUGGAAAUCCCGUUUUGAUGGCUGCAAUAAAGCUCUUCUUGAUAUGGUUGGAGAUAAAGCACUGAAGGAGAAGGAGAUUGAACUCUUCACCCUGAAGACCCAGAAACUUGAGAAUCUCUGUAGAGCGCUUCAAGACGAGAGGAAAACACUGUCUCAGAAGCUCAAUGGAUCCCAACAGGCCGGAGCCAACAAUGCAGUGGCUGCUGCGUCCGUCACUACAGAGAAAGCUACAGAAGCAACCGAGGAAGUUGCAGUAACUAAAGAGGAAGAGGCAGUCUCAACAGAAGUGGUCAGUCAAGAUCCAGAAACCCCCAUUGAGCCAAUCUGUAAGUCUCCCGCAGAAGCAACGCCGCUGACCAAAGAGCUCUUCAACGUGAAGGCUGAGAAAGCUCGGCUACAGGAGAUCGCGGCAGCGUUCACCAUUCGCCGCCACAUGCCGCCAGAGGCUUACGAGGACUCAGACAUCUGUGCUGAGAGUCUAGACGACGCUCAGGGUGAGCAACAGGUCGUAGAGGAGCUCAACUUCACAGAGGAGAUGCCACCCCACACUGACACACUGUCUGAAGAACAUCAAGAGCUCAGAGACAAAGACAUGCAGUCGGUUGAUUAGACCGACUAAUCCAAAUGUCAAUCUCUCACACAUUCACGAAUAAAGUUUAUUCUACAUC